AAUCUUGAAACGACGUCGCUUUCUUCAGAAUCUCCUCAAAACGCGUCGUUUUGACCCCCGGUAUCCGUUGUUCUCCCUCACAAAUAGGAAAAAAAUCAAAUGAAGAAACCAAAAGGCCUCCCUACUGUUAGGGUUUUACGGUAUACAUCUCUGCGUGCGAAUCUUCAAGUUCUUCAAUCUAGGGUUGGGGUUAGGGUUUUGGGCUCUAAUGUCGAUAUCAUCAUCCUCCGGUUACCGCAACAUCCCCUCACCCUCCACCUCCGCUCCACAAUUCAACUUCCGGGCCCAAUCCUCGCCCGCCACGCGUCGUCCAUGGCGCCAAUUCGCAGAUCUGUCGUCAUUCUCCCGUCCGUACGCCGCCGGGGAAGUCACGAUCCGCGUCAAGCGAAACGUCUCCUAUUUCCGAGUCAACUACGUCAUGAUGGCACUCUUCAUUCUAUUCCUCAGCCUCUUGUGGCACCCAGUCUCCAUGAUCGUCUUCUUGAUCGUCUUCCUCGGUUGGUUCUUCCUCUACUUCUUCCGCAACGAGCCUCUUAUGAUUUUCAACCGCACGAUCGGUGACCGGACGGUUCUGAUUGUUCUGGGACUCGUUACAAUCGUUGUUUUGGUCCUUACUCACGUUUGGUUGAAUGUGGUUGUUUCUUUGGCUAUUGUUGUUGUCGUUGUUGGCCUGCACGCCGCGUUUAGAGGUACGGAAGAUCACUUUCUCGACGAGCAAGAUGCGGCCGAGGACGGUCUGCUAUCGGUGGUUGGUAGUCCCAUGCGCCGAGUUUGAUUUUCAGGUUUCCCACGGAGAUUGUUGUUGAUUCGGAUCGGAUGUAUUAUGUAUUAUAUGGAGAAUUAGCUUGAGUUCUCGGGGGAGAUAAUCGCUACAUUUGCAUAUGAAAAUGAUGGAAGGGAACUCAUACUAUGAUAUCGGUUUAAGUGUGAUUGUUGAAGGAAGGAGUAUUAAUUGUUUCAGGUUCUUUGGUUUUUUUGUUACCAUAUUAGCGAACUCUGCUUAGAUUUCAUAUGCAUGAUUUGUUUAGGGGAUUCAGAAUAAUGCACGGUUGCCCUGUCAAGCUAACAGGGGGUUUAAAUGUCUAGUUAAAACCCAUAUGAUAAGCUGUUGCCUUAAAUCCUUUUACAAGUUCAGACAUAAUGCUUUCCUUGAGGUGUGCAAGGGUGUUCAUGUUAUCGACUAAUCAUGUGAAUAAGCUACUGCCUCAUGCUUUUAGAGUGAAGUUGAAUGGGGACAAUUUAAUGUUCAUUGUAAAAUCAUAUAACUUGCUAUUCAAUUGAUUGGUACUUUUACAGCC